GCAGCGGCAGCGCGCUUCUCCCGCCCGGGGCCCCCGAUGGCUUCGGCCGGCAGCGGCAUGGAGGAGGUGCGCGUGUCGGUGCUGACCCCGCUGAAGCUGGUGGGGCUGGUGUGCAUCUUCCUGGCGCUCUGCCUGGACCUGGGCGCCGUGCUGAGCCCGGCCUGGGUCACGGCCGACCACCAGUACUACCUGUCCCUCUGGGAGUCCUGCCGCAAGCUCAGCGACCUGGACUGGAUCUGCGAGUCCACCCUGCACAGCGACUGGCAGAUAGCUACUCUUGCUUUGCUUUUGGGUGGUGCUGCCAUCAUUCUCAUCGCAUUCCUGGUUGGAUUGAUUUCAAUCUGCAUAGGAUCUCGGAGGCGCUUCUACAGACCAGUGGCAGUCAUGCUAUUUGCAGCAGUUGUUCUUCAGGUGUGCAGCCUAGUCCUUUAUCCAAUCAAGUUCAUCGAGACAGUCAGCUUGAAAAUAUACCAUGAGUUCAACUGGGGCUAUGGCCUGGCUUGGGGUGCAACUAUAUUUUCAUUUGGGGGUGCCAUCCUUUAUUGCCUGAACCCUAAGAACUACGAAGACUACUACUAGAACUGUUUACUUUAACAAAACAGAAAGAGAAAAAAAGAAAGAAAAAAUAACAAAAAGGAUUACUCCAUCUUUUCUAACUCUCAGUUUUUUUAGAACACUUGUGGAGCGCCAGAUAGUAUGCUCUGUGGAUAAAGUAGCCUUUGCCUUUUGGCUGUGAACGCUGUAACCAGCUUUUACAUUCAAGAGAACAGAUAUAAAACAUCAGAUUAAAAACAGCUGAUCUUGCAUAGACAAAUGCUGCAAGCUGUUGAUACAUUAACUUCAUUUUUCUUGACAACAAGCAAAGGAUCUACGUGACAAAUCAUUAUGAGAAAAGUAGUUGGAAUGAAAAUGCCCAUAUCUGCCAUUGCCUGCGGGGAAGCAGCUGGCAUGAGCUCCAUUUAGAAGUUUUCUUAUAUAAUGGAGGAUUCAAAGGUUGUUUUGAGCAGGCAGUACCAUUUUAUACAAUGAGCUAGCCUCUGGUCACGUAUUUGAAAAAUCUCUUGGGGAAUCAGUUGCAAGUGGAUGUAUGUUAGAGACUGUGAGUGGAACUGGAUAGUGACUUUCCUAAUAUCUACAUUCAGAAGUCUCUGGAAAAAAGGAGAAGUUUCUGCUUUGGUGAUCCAUAUUUUCCCACCAUGGGUGGGAAAUCACUGAAGGAAGUCAGAACCUAAAAACACAUGUUUCUAAUUAUGUGGCUGGAAGUUGUCUCAGCUCUGAGCAUUGUGGAGGGAGGAAGGGAGGGGCUAAAUGAAGGUAAAAGAGGGCCUUGUUUCCUUGAGGCAUAUAAAAUGCAUGCAGAAGCUACAUUUGUUCUAAAUAUCAUUUUAAUUUCAGACAUCACAGUAAAAAAUGCAUAAUGAGUCCAAGUAAGUAUUUUUAUAGAAGGUAUUUGUUAGUAUAAAUAAAUAUACAAAAAACUUAUAGGUAAUGAAUCCUCACAUAGAGGGAGACACAUAUAUUACAUCUAAAAGUAAUAUUAGCUAUGGUGCAGCAGUUAAAGCACUAACUUUAUGCACAUUCUCCAGAGUAUUGGACUAGUAUCUCUAGUUUGGGUUGGUAUUACAAAAUAAAUAUAAUGUCAAAUGCUCUGUUCUCUCUGUAUGUCCUUAUAGAAGCUCAGUUUUGAUGGAAAAUGUGUAAAAGUUCAUAUAAAGUUAAGUUAGAACAGAAUGAAAUGAUUAGCUGAUGAUGUCAUAAUUUGGUAAUUAUUACAUUUUUAAUGCUGAUUUAAAACGAAGUUGUAAACAGAUUGCCAUUUUAAAAAAUCCGUUAAACUCAUGAGUGUCUUCAGUCGACAAAAAUGUAGUUGAGACCAAGUCAUGCACAAGAACUGUUAUCAGUAUGGUAUAUCAGCUGUAUAAGUUACAUUUGUUUUUCCCCUUUUGAGUUUAUAAUAAAA